AUUUUGAAGGUGAACCACCCAAUACACUAUUGUUGCUCACGACACGGUGGUAACAGCGUCCGGUUGAGCAGAGCUCGCAGACAUGGCGAACAUUAGAAGUAUCAAGGGUAUGGUUGGCCUGGUGACAGGCGGUGCUUCAGGGCUGGGCCGGGCUACCGUGGAGAGGUUGGUGCAGCAGGGGGCGUGUGCUGUCAUUCUGGACCUUCCCUCUUCAGACGGACACACCCUGGCAGCCAGCCUCGGAGAACGCUGCACCUUUGCCCCCGCUGACGUGACGUCGGAGGCAGAUGUGCGUUCUGCGGUGGAGCUGGCCCGGCAGCGGUUUGGGAAGCUGGACCUGGCGGUGAACUGUGCUGGCAUCGCCGUUGCCGUCAAGACUUAUAACUUCAAAAAGGAUGUUCCCCACAGUCUAGAAGACUUCACUAGAGUUAUCACUCUACUGUUGCCUCAUGAGCUUCCGGGUUGGAGUGAGCCGGUCGCAUCCGCGCUUCGGUCUGCAGGUUGUAUAACUUUUUCAUUACAUUUCAUUACAUUUCAUUAUAGUACAACGGUCUGAUUUGUCUAAUCUUAG